AUGAGCUCAGAAAAUCAAUUACGCACAGGGCUAGAGCUCUCUGAUUCCGCCAUGACUCUUCCAUCUGAUUCGGAUACAUAUCCCGGCGGUAACGGGCUAUCAGUGUCAUCAGAAAUUCCCUCCAAUUCCGUCGUCGUUUACCAAACGCCAACAAUAUGGCGCUUUCUGCGGGCUGCGGCGAUCAAUCUAUUCCUUCCUUUUGUCAAUGGUCUGAUGUUGGGCUUUGGCGAACUAUUUGCACACGAGGCAGCUUUUCGAUUAGGCUGGUCCAAUACAAAGGUCUUCCCUAUACACCGAAGAUCAAGUCCUACAAGCUCUGAAAUCAAAUCGCCGCAACCCCCUCGUCGAAAGCGUUCUCAAAGUGCAUUUGGCCUGGGUGACAUGGCGUCUCUUGAGUAA